ACAUGGGGAGUUAAUACCUGGGGCUGCCCGGGAUUGUUCACAACAACAGAGGAAGCCGCUCGAGCUCAGUGACCAAAUAAAACAAAGUCGCGAUUUUUUUUUUUGUAUCCUGUUUGAAACCACGCUAACGGAAACUAACGUCACCGCGUCGCUUCACCGAUCGCUGUUGUUUUGUUACCGAGCUAGUAGCUUUGUCACGGCUGUGGUAGGUCCGCUCUGUAUAUUUAAACAUAUCCUAGUGGAAUAUGGCUCAGCAUGGACAUCAUGUAGCCAGUUCCCAAAAAGCACUGAUGUUAGAGAUGAAAAGUCUCCAGGACGAGCCGGUCGAAGGGUUCAAAAUAACUUUGGUGGACGAGUCGGACAUGUACAACUGGGAAGUGGCGAUAUUCGGACCCCCGAAUACACACUACGAGGGGGGUUAUUUUAAGGCUCGCAUCAAGUUCCCAGUCGACUACCCAUACUCUCCACCUGCUUUCCGCUUCCUCACCAAAAUGUGGCACCCCAACAUUUAUGAGAACGGAGAUGUUUGCAUCUCGAUUCUGCACCCUCCAGUGGAUGACCCACAGAGUGGGGAGUUGCCUUCAGAGAGGUGGAACCCCACACAGAACGUCAGGACCAUCCUGCUCAGUGUGAUCUCCCUCCUGAACGAGCCCAACACCUUCUCCCCGGCCAAUGUGGACGCCUCGGUUAUGUACCGCAAGUGGAGGGACAGCAAGGGCAAGGACAGAGAAUACAUCGAGAUCAUCAGGAAGCAGGUGCUUGCUACCAAAGCUGACGCAGAUCGGGACGGCGUCAAGGUUCCCAUCACGCUGGAUGAGUACUGCGUCCGCACCCAAGUCCCGCCCACAGACGACGGCUCCAAUCUUUUAUACGAUGACUACUAUGAUGAUGAGGAACUGGAUGAUGAUGAUGACGAGGAGGAUAACGAGGACUGUUGCUAUGACGAGGACGACUCAGGCACAGAAGACUCCUGACCUUGCCUGCCUGUCUGUGAUGCCCCCCAACUCCCCCCAUCCUCCUUCUCUUUUUAUGAACUGAAGUUUAUUCCCCUUUUCCUCCUCAGUUCCACCUUAGCACUGUCCCCCUGUCCACCUUCUGCCACAGGGGCAGUCACAGUAUGCACACUAAAACCUGAUGCAUCCAAGAAAGAAAGCUACAGAGUCUUUUGUUUGUUUCUUAAAUGUUUAUUUUUUUAAUUUCUUGUCCGCGUAGAGGUUACACACACAGGAGCACAACUUGUUUAACUGCUGACUUGUUUGAAUUUCUAAAACCUUAUUCUUCCGUAAACAUUGAGCUGAACAAGCCAAUCUGAUGGCCGAGUCGCGCCUUGUCUGGACUUCAACAUCAGCAGAGUGGGAUGUAACGUCCCAGGUCAGAUCAGAUCAGAGUCAAACAAGUAGAGAGCAUUUGCAAAGCAGUAGAGUUGCCGUGUAGUUUGUGUUUUUUUUUUUUUAAAAAGCAUCACUUCUCUGAGCCAUGUGUGUGACUUCUGGUUAGCAGGCUAAGUUGAAGCUCUGCAAACCCUCCACCUUUUAUCCUUUGAGCCUUUAGGGGCUUGUGCUGCUCCAGGGAACAGGGAAGUUAUCCAUUUCAGAAAAAGCUGUUCACAUUCCCUUGUGCCUUCCCUCUCUCCCUGAUAUAUCACAGAUCUGAAUGACUGGUGGGACAGACUGUGCACAUGGCGGGAGAUAUUUCAGGCUCACAUGGUCCCAGGUGGGGGUACCGUGCAAACUGCGCCCUACUGAUGGAAUAAGUUUCAAGUUAUUUAUAGCAGCACCUGUCAGAUUUGUUGGGGAGGUGGUUGGAGCGAGAAAGGUGAGAUCCAACAGCUGAACUAAAGAAUGGAAUACAGAUCAGAAACCCACAAAUGUCCUCCACUGCCCGCCAUGCAGCCUUCGUCAUACAAGCACGUGCUACUCAUGGCCUGGAUGCAUUAAGAAACAGCUAGCAGAGCCUGCUGUUCCUCAUGAAAUCCAAUGUACUGUAUCAACAAAAAAAACUAUGCAGUCAGUGCUUGAGCCUACUUAAUAUGCAGUGCUUUAAACAUGGCAGUAAAGCUGAGCCUUUCAACAGUUUGACCAGAACUCAAGCUUGAGUUUUCAAAGCCAGCGACGUUCCUGUGAGCACUUUGGACUGACUUUGUCCUCAGCUAGGGAUAGAUCUGUGGAGUUGUAUCGGUCUUUUUUUUGCUUUCUGGUUGUUUUCUUUAUUCUAACUCAGAGUAGCUCAAGUCCCCCAGAGCAGAAGAAAACAAGGUUGAGAUUGUUCACUAGCCUCUGGGAAAGUUCGCCCCCUAGCAGUAGCUGUGUGUACACACAUUUUAAUUCCCCCUCUAUGAAAUGCUUGACUGGGUUGCAGCCAUCUUGACUCUCACCUGUAUAAAUGAACCCUGUUACUUCAGAGUAGAAGAGGUAGCAGUGUGAGUGAUUGAGACCUAUGGGAAUGGCCCACUGAAGGGGUGUUGUUUUCAGUGGAUCCCAUUUGAAAGGCUCUCUAUAUCACCAUCCAGCAAUAUUUCUGUGUUAACCAUGAAUAUUCGCUGAUUGUUGAUAAGAUGUGCUACAAAGUGUUGAGAAGAAUUGCAUAAAUGGGAAGGCAUGGGGCUAGGGUUGACCUUGGAGCAUGAACAGGAGACUAUGGUUCUUAACUAGCAUGCUGUUAUGAUGUGUUUGUGGUUUUAGAACUGCUAUAAGGGUCGGGAUUGUGUCCAAGGAGAAAGGUUCUCUUCUUAAUUUUAUCUAAACUGUUGCAUUAAGGGCUGAGGGUUGUCCUUUUUUUUUUCCUUUUCUUUCUUAUGCUUUGAUAUAACUUUUAUUUCCAAAUUGUGGUGUGAGCUAAAUUGUUUUCUAUCUUAUUUGUAUUAAGUGCUACCAAUAUUGAUCUGAUUGUGAAAACCCAGGAUUGUUCAUGAAAAAUCAAAUUUAUCAAAAAA